AAACCAGAGUUACCGGUACUGUCUGGGGGAAGGGGCCAGAUGUUUACCACAGGUUUCAUGAUAAGCAUCUAGGUCAGAUGUCAAAGUCCUUUAUCCACACCAUGGGAAAUACUGUUGGGAAGGCGGCAGCGCUUGACUUUGGAAUCCAGUGGGCGUGCUGGGCAGUAGCUUCCAUCUUACAAACAGAGAAAUUCUACGACUUCGCAGGUUCAAUUACAUUUUGUCUCCUGACCCUCCAGUCACUGCGAUGGAACCAAACAUUUUUCCGGCGACAGAUUAUUCAGAGUGGGAUGGUCUUGACAUGGGCAGUGAGGCUGGGUUUCUACCUGUUCACACGCAUUCUUCAUGAAGGCCAAGACCGAAGAUUUGACAAGGUGCGCACCAGGCCGGGUGUUUUCCUCCUUUAUUGGACUAUACAAGGUGUGUGGAUUCUGUUGACACUUCUCCCAACUCUAAUGCUAAAUAGUAAGAAACAAAACAAGCCAGUGACCAAACGUGACUACAUUGGCUGGUCACUUUGGGCCAUAGGUUUUCUGUUUGAAGCUCUGGCAGACUACCAGAAGUCACAAUUCAGAGCAGAUCCUGCAAAUGCUGGAAAAUUUAUCUGCCAUGGGUUGUGGAGCAUUAGUCGCCAUCCAAACUACUUUGGUGAGAUUUUGAUGUGGAGCGGACUGUGGCUGUCAGCUUCGUCAGUACUGUCUGGAUGGCAGCAGUGUGUUAGUCUCAUCUCUCCAUUGUUUACGUCUUAUCUCCUCAUCGGUAUCAGUGGUAUUCCACUGUUGGAGCAAUAUGGGCAGAGGAAAUGGGGCAUGGACCCAGCUUACCAGGAAUACAUUAAAAACACGGCCAAACUUGUGCCUUACUUAUGGUGAAGUAAACACUGGUGCGAACAUUUGCGCCUUUGCUUGAAAACCGAUUUUUUAUCAUUUAUUCAAAAUUCUCCAAUUCAUAUACUUUGUAUAUGCUUUUGUACGUAUGCUUUUGCAAAAUGGAGAAAUGAGUUUUAGUUUUAGUUAUCUUCAGUGCACAUCUUUGUUUUAAACCUAUAAAGGAGAAUUUUCCAAGCACUUAUAAAAAGGCACUUAACUGUUUCAUUAGAUUGAAGUGUACAAUCACACAACACCGUGACAGGUUGGAAAUAAACGUGAACAAAGAUAAUAAUGUUCGAUGUCUAUGAUAGAUUCAAAUUUCCUUUUUUGUGAAAUAUAGGGUGAGUAACCCAAACAUUUACUUUGAUCUUUGAGGUUUUUUUUUUCUUUUAAGCUGAUAUCGUCAAUAUUUUUUUUCCCCCGUGGAAAACAUUCGACCAUUGUGAUAUGCAAAUAUACACUUUACAAAUUCUCAAA